AUGCACCUCGUGCCCAAGGAGCUCGACAAGCUCGUCAUCUCGCAGCUGGGCUUCCUCGCCCAAAAGAGGCUCGCCAGAGGCGUCAGGCUCAACCACUCGGAAGCAACAGCCCUCAUCGCCAGCAACCUUCAAGAGCUCAUCCGCGAUGGCAACCACUCCGUCGCCGACCUCAUGGCCCUCGGAGCCACCAUGCUCGGCCGCCGCCACGUCCUGCCCUCGGUCUGCACCACCCUGUGCGAGAUCAUGGUCGAGGGAACCUUUCCCAUGGGCACCUAUCUCGUCACCGUCCACAACCCCAUCAGCACCGACGACGGCGACCUGCGCCGCGCCCUCUACGGCAGCUUCCUCCCCAUCCCGGACAACGAGGCCUUUCCCCUGCCCCCGGACGCCGAUUAUCUCCCCGCCAAGCGACCCGGCGCCGUCGUGGCCGUCAGGGGCAGCAUCCCCAUCAACGGGGACCACCACCGCAGCCGGCGCCGGCGCCGCAUCCGUCUGCGCGUGACGAGCAAGGGAGAUCGUCCCGUCCAGGUCGGGUCGCACUAUCACUUCAUCGAGACGAACCCGCAGCUCGAGUUUGACCGCGCCCGCGCCUACGGCUUCCGCCUCGAUAUUGCCGCCGGCACGUCGGUGCGCUUCGAGCCCGGCGACACAAAGACGGUGACGCUCGUCGAGAUUGGCGGCGCCCGCGUCAUCCGUGGCGGCAACGGCCUUGCCUCGGGCCCCGUUGAACCCCCGCGCCUCGACGACAUCCUCGCGCGCCUCGUCGCCGCCGGCUUCGCCCACCGGCCCGAGGACCCCAGGGGCGACGCCGCGCACAUCGACGUCUUCCUAAUAGACCGUGCCGCUUACGCAACCAUGUUCGGCCCCACGACGGGCGACCUGGUGCGCCUGGCCAACACGGACCUCUGGAUCCGCGUCGAGCGCGACAUGACGACCUACGGCGACGAGUGCAAGUUUGGCGGCGGCAAGACGCUGCGCGAGGGCAUGGGCCAGGCGACGGGCCGCGCCGACGCCGACUCGCUCGACCUCGUCGUCACAAACGCCCUCAUUGUCGACUGGACGGGCAUCUACAAGGCCGACAUUGGCGUCAGGGACGGCCUCAUUGUCGGCAUCGGCAAGGCCGGCAGCCCGGACGUCAUGGACGGCGUCACCCCCGGCAUGGUCGUCGGCAGCUGCACCGACGUCGUCGCCGGCGAGGGCAAGAUCGUCACGGCCGGCGGCAUCGACACGCACAUUCACUGCAUCUGUCCGCAGCAGGCGCUCGAAUCGCUGGCCUCGGGCAUCACCACCAUGCUGGGGGGCGGAACGGGGCCAAGCGCCGGCUCAAACGCGACAACGUGCACCCCCGGCAAGCACUUCAUCCGCUCCAUGCUGCAGGCGGCCGACACGCUGCCCGUCAACGUGGGCAUCACGGGUAAGGGCUGCGACUCGUCGCCCCUGGCGCUGCGGGAGCAGAUCGAGGCGGGUGCGUGCGGGCUCAAGGUGCACGAGGAUUGGGGCGCGACGCCGGCGGCCAUUGACGCGUGCCUGAGCGUGUGCGACGAGCUCGACGUGCAGUGCUGCCUGCACACCGACACGCUCAACGAGAGUGGCUUCGUCGAGAGCACGCUGGCGGCCAUUGGCGGGCGGACGGUGCACACGUACCACACCGAGGGCGCGGGCGGCGGGCACGCGCCCGACAUCAUCUCCGUCGUGGCGCACGCCAACGUGCUGCCGGCGUCGACGAACCCGACGCGGCCCUACACGCGCAACACGCUCGACGAGCACCUCGACAUGCUCAUGGUGUGCCACCACCUGUCGCGCAACAUCCCCGAGGACGUGGCCUUUGCCGAGAGCCGCAUCCGCGCCGAGACGAUUGCCGCCGAGGACGUGCUGCAGGACCUGGGCGCCAUCAGCAUCAUGAGCUCCGACUCGCAAGCCAUGGGCCGCUGCGGCGAGGUCAUCCUGCGCACGUGGAACACGGCGCACAAGAACAAGAUCCAGCGCGGGCCGCUCGAGGGCGACGACGACACCUCGGGCUCCGACAACUUCCGCGUCCGGCGCUACGUCAGCAAGUACACCAUCAACCCGGCCCUGGCUCAGGGCUUUGCCCAUGUGGUCGGCAGUGUCGAGGUGGGCAAGCUGGCGGACCUGGUGGUGUGGGAUCCGGCGUGGUUCGGCACCAAGCCCUCGCUGGUCCUCAAGGGCGGCUUCAUUGCCUGGGCGCAAAUGGGCGACCCCAACGCCUCCAUCCCCACCGUCGAGCCCAUCAUCGGGCGCCCCAUGUUCGCCGCCCACGUGCCCUCGUCCAAGGUCCUCUUCGUCAGCCAGGCCGCCGUCGCCGCGGGCAUCCCCGCCGCCUACGCCCUGCGCAGCCGCGUCGAGCCCGUCCGCGGCUGCCGCGCCGUCUCCAAGCGCGACAUGCGCCUCAACGACGCCAUGCCCGCCAUCAAGGUUGACCCGGAGUCCUACUCGGUCCGCGCCGACGGCGAGCUCUGCACCGCCGCGCCCGCCGAGACGCUGCCCCUCUCCCAGGCCUACUACGUCUAUUGA